UUUGGGUGUGCGGGCGCUACCAGCCACCGGAAGUGAGUUUGACUCGCAAUCCUCGUUCGUAUCAAUUAUUUGAAGAAACCCAGCUAGCUAUCUGAACAGAACUAGUUUAGCGAUCAGUACAAGAAAACACUAAACAAUUCACAUGAAUCCACUUUAUAUGAUCUAACAGUUAGUGGGCGAAUUGACUAUUAAGUCGACCAACUAGAUGUAAAUAAUGAUAUGUUCUAGGGUACACUGAUUUGGUUGCUAGCGCCAGGCAGUGCUAGCCAACACCCUCAUGAGGCAAUCCAACUCCGGAGGAUUAACUAGCUACCGACCGUAAGCAAGUCUAACUAGUUUGUGAUUUGCAUCUAGCAGCAAAGAACAAACCAACAGAAUGUCAGAUGAUGCUGUCCUGCUGAAUGUACCCGUCAUUCGGCAGCUGUACCACUGGGACUGUGGAUUAGCCUGCUCCAGAAUGGUUUUGAAGUACCUCCACCCUGUGAGUGAUGAGGAGUUUCAGGGUGCUUGCUGGGAGUUGAAGCUGACGCAGAGUGUUUGGACGAUUGACUUGGCCUACCUCAUGUGCCAGCUGAGGGUCCGGCACCGCUUCUGCACUCAGACACUGGGUGUUGACAAGGGCUUCAGGAAUCAGUCAUUCUACAAAAAGCAUUUUGACACUGAGGAAGACAGAGUCAACGAACUCUUCCUAAAGGCUGAAAGCAAGGGUGUGGUGGUGAAUAAAUGCUCUGUGACAAUUCAGGAAAUCCAGGAACAUAUUUACCAGGGCCAUGUGGCCAUAGUGCUGGUCAACGCUGUGGUUCUGGUGUGUGAACUCUGCUCUUCGCCUGUCAAGUACUGCUGUUUCCUGCCUGUGGGCCAGAAGUGCUUCUGCAGGAAGCCAGAAUACCAGGGUCACUUUGUGGUGGUGUGCGGCUUCAACCGGAGCACUGGCUGCAUCUUCUACAACAACCCUGCCUACUCAGACCGUGUGUGUUGCACCAGCAUUAGUAACUUUGAAGAGGCUCGAAUGAGCUACGGGACAGAUGAGGAUAUUCUGUUCAUCUUCAAGGAGAGCUGAUGGCUUCGGGACAAUGAAGAUGCAGAUGGUCUCCACAUCGCUAUGGUGCCCCAUCCUCACUAUGAUGACACAUCAGUGGGUCUACAGGUCCCUGAACUGGGACUGCUGGUUCCAGCUCUUGCCCAGUGUUGUAGAUGGUCCCGGGCUGUCCUCUCCAGUGCUAACUGACUGCUCACAGAACACACAUCACUCCAACGUCACCACACCAGCCUCACUUCACAUAGCCCAUGCUAGUCGUCAGUGUGUAAAGGAAUAAUCACUGAAGACAUAAAUAAAGUGUGGUUUUUAAGUUGGUUGGGGGACAAGCAGAUAGAUGAAAUAGAAUAAAGGAAUUUUUCCUGUGUCCCAUUUUGUUUAGUUUUACUUCAGUUAGUUGAUUCUACCAAUUGACGUGUGAAGAGUGAGCAGUGCAAGACUUGAAAUCCUAUUUCUAAUGCUGGGUGGAAAAAAUAACAUGACACUCAAGUUGAUUCUAGACUUGUAGAGGAGGACAAAACAAUGCACAUACAAGGGCUUAUGGCAACAUGAUGCUCUCUUUGGUUUUACCUGGUGUCAUGCAAGUCUGAUGGGCCAUGUAUUGCUGCUUUCCUCCCCUUAGACUAGCCUGGUCUUAUUUUAUUAAUAGUUAUUUUGAUACUGUUUGUUGAACUUCAUGUAUUAUUUAGUAUUUUCUAAUAACAUGGAAUAGAGGGAGAAAUUGUUUUUGAAAGACUCAGGUAAUUCAUGUCCAUAGAGUCUGAUGUGUUGUAUUACAAUAGCAAACCCAUGUUACAAAUGUAUUUUCUUUAAUGCAAUACACCUUGACCCAUUUCCUGUUUAUGGAACCAAAUCUGCCUGGCAGGCCUAGGUGUCAGUCAUCAGGACAUCAUGUUCAACCUCAGCCUGCUGCUUUGUACAGACUUUGCUUUUGUUGUGUGAACCGAUGAUUACAGUCCAUGUCAGUGUCAUUCACAUCAAGGAGAUUAUUACAGAGAAUCAGCUAUAGUUUCAACUGAAGGCAGUGGAGGCUGGUGGGAGGAGCUAUAGGAGGAUGGGCCCAUUGUAAUGGCUGGCAUGGAAUUAAUGGAACUGUAUCAAACAUGGAAACCACAUGUUCGAAUCCGUCCCGUUAAUUCCAUUCCAGCCAUUACAAUCAGCCUGAUCCUCCUAUAGCUCAUCCCACCAGCCUCCACUGUCUGACGUUUUUUCAGUGUUGCACUACAUGCCUCGAUCUCCAUGCUCUUUGAGUUUGGAAAAGGGAGAAUGGAGACACAGUGGAAAGUGUGAAGUACUCGGUACGAGGUAGAUGGAUGCCUUGCAGGUUUUGCUUCAGUAUAUGACUCAACACUACCUUCCGAGUUAGGAAUUAUUAGAUCAUAAGAUAUUUUCUGUUGAAAAUAGCAAUCAAGUGGAGGCAACACACAGAAUGACUUCAUUAUUCUCUUUCAACAUUUAUUUUUAUAUUUUGGUAUCAUGGAUGAUGUUAUUGCACUUUGGUUUUUGUACCAGCCAUAAUUAUGUAUUAUUUAAUUUUCAUUUUACCAUGAUAACAUAUUUUCCCAAUCUAGAUGGGAUGACAAUGAUUUAUUCCUGCUUGUGUAUUUUUGUUAUGAACAAAUGGAAUGUGUUAAAAUUGCUUUAUUUUUAUGAAAUAUACAAUUCCAUUUAUGUACUGUACUCAUUAAAAUAAUUUGAACACA